AUGGCCAAGUCCAAGAACUCGUCCCAGCACAACCAGUCGAAGAAGGCUCACCGCAAUGGUAUCAAGAAGCCUAAGACUUCGCGUUACCCUUCGCUGAAGGGAACCGACCCCAAGUUCCGCAGAAACCACAGACACGCUCUGCACGGCACCAUGAAGGCUCUGAAGGAGAAGGCCGAGGGCAAGCGCGAGACCGCAUAA